UUGAGAUCUGAAAGAAACCAAAAUAUAAGAAGAAAACAAAAAUGAGGUUGGAAAGGUGAACGAAGUGUUUGCGUGAUGGAGCUUAUUACCCUUUAGGAAUAGAGAUGAUUCCAAUUUUGACUUGGAUUUCUGCCUCUGAAAUGAAAACUCAAUCUCUAAUGGUUCACCUUUCCUUUCGAUUGAGUAAACCAGAAGAAAACCAACUUGGAAACAUUCAGAAACACGUUUGAGAGGAGCAAGAUUCAACAAGGGUCACCCUUUAUCCAUUUCUCAACACUGCUUUCUGUUCACUUCACUUCUUCUGAACCAUCUUCUUCUUCUUCUCAACGUGUUAAUGGUGCAUGUGCACAGGAGGAACGUGAAUCUCUCUGGUUUCUAAAGGAGGGUGUUUCAAAGUUUGUCUCUUUCUUAGUUGGGGUGUGAAGAUUCAUACGGUGGAAGCAAGCAAUGAAGGAAGUUGAGAAGAGCUUGGAUCCUCAACUAUGGCACGCGUGUGCAGGGAGCAUGGUUCAGAUGCCUCAGGUGAACUCGAAAGUGUUCUACUUUCCACAAGGGCACGCGGAGCAUGCUCACACAAACGUUGAUCUGAGGAUUCCGCCAUUGAUCCUUUGCAGGGUUGCGGCGGUGAAAUUCAUGGCGGACCCAGAAACCGAUGAAGUGUUCGCGAGGUUAAGGCUUGUUCCUCUGAGUAAUUCAGAGCUUGGUUACGAUGAAGAUGUUGGUGAUGCGUUGGAGAGUUCAGAAAAGCCUGCAUCUUUUGCAAAGACUUUGACCCAAUCGGAUGCUAACAAUGGUGGGGGGUUCUCGGUUCCUAGGUACUGCGCCGAGACCAUCUUUCCGCGGCUGGAUUACUCGGCGGAGCCGCCGGUUCAGACGGUGGUUGCCAAGGACGUUCACGGCGAGCUUUGGAAGUUCAGGCAUAUAUACAGAGGCACGCCACGUCGGCACUUGCUGACCACCGGGUGGAGCACUUUCGUGAACCAGAAGAAGCUGGUUGCUGGGGAUUCUGUGGUGUUUCUGAGGGCUGAGAAUGGUGACCUAUGUGUUGGGAUUCGACGAGCAAAGAAGGGAAUUGGAGGUGGUGGUGGUGGUUCUGACGCCUCAUGUGGGUGGAGCUCAGCUUCAGGUUCAGGCCCUGGGAAUUGUGGUAUUGGACCUUAUGGGACAAUCUCUUUUUUCUUGAGAGAGGAGAAUAAGCUAUUGCGGGAUCGUUGUGUUGGUGUUGGUGUUGGUGGUGGUGUUAGUUUGAGUGGAAGAGCAAGAGUGAGGCCUGAAGCUGUUGUGGAAGCUGUGACACUUGCUGCUAGCAACCAACCAUUUGAAGUUGUUUAUUACCCAAGAGCCAGUACUCCUGAGUUUUGCAUCAAGGCUUCAGCUGUGAGGGCUGCUAUGAGAAUUCAAUGGUGCUCUGGGAUGAGGUUCAAGAUGGCCUUUGAAACCGAGGACUCUUCCAGGAUAAGUUGGUUCAUGGGAACUGUUGCUUCUGUUCAGGUUGUAGAUCCUAUCCGAUGGCCUAAUUCCCCCUGGAGGCUACUUCAGGUUACUUGGGAUGAGCCGGAUUUACUACAAAAUGUGAAGCGUGUUAGCCCAUGGUUGGUUGAAUUGGUAUCAAACAUGCCAGUCACCCAUUUAACAUCCUUCUCUCCACCAAGGAAGAAGCUGCGGUUUCCGCAAUACCCAGAUUUCCCCCUUGAUGUUCAAUUUCCAUUACCAACAUUUUCAGGCAACCAGCUUGGGCCUUACAACCCCUUGUGUGGUUUAUCUGAUAAUGCUCCUGCAGGCAUACAGGGAGCCAGGCAUGCUCAAAUUGGAAUAUCUCUAUCAGAUCUCCACUUUAACAAUAAACUUCAGUUGGGGUUGCUUCCAACCAAUAUCCAGCAGCUUGAUGUGCAUAGUGGGAUUUCGGAUGGUCACAACACGACCAACCACGAUAAGAGCAAAGAAAGUUUAUCGUGCUUGCUGACCAUGGGAAAAUCUAAUAAUAGUUUGGAGAAAUCUGAUGAUGUAAAGAAACACCAGUUUUUGCUUUUUGGACAACCAAUACUCACUGAGCAACAAAUUUCUAGAGGCUGUUCUAGAGAUGUGUUGUCUCAUAACUAUACCGGAAAAAACUCACUAGAUGAGAAUAAAGUCAAAGAAAAGUGCUUUUUUGGUGACUCACCAGAAAAAGCUUCUUCUGCUGAGUUUUCUUGGCAACUUGGCUUGGAUACUGGUCAUUGCAAGGUUUUCUUGGAGUCAGAAGAUGUAGGGCGUACCUUAGACCUAUCAAAUCUUGAUUCUUAUGAAGAGUUGUAUAGGAGACUUGCCAACAUGUUUGGCAUAGAAAGAUCUGAGAUUUUGAAUCAUGUUCUCUACCGUGAUGCAACAGGUGCUGUUAAGCAAACUGGAGAAGAACCCUUCAGUGAAUUCAUGAAGACAGCAAAAAGAUUGACAAUUCUGACAGAUUCAGGCAGCAAAAAUAUUAGAAGGGCCUGGAUUACAGGAACUCGGAAUGGUGAACAUGGAUUGGAUGCAUCAAAUAAAACAGGUCCUCUGAGCAUAUUUGCUUAAUAUGGUGUAGCAUCUGAGAUAUUAUUGAGAACUGAGAAGUUGAAGGACAGUUUUAACUCUAUUUAAUUCUAGAAAGACUGAAUCUUUUAUCAAGAUUAAUUUGUACCCAAAAAAAAAAAAAACUUUUGUCAAGGUUGGCAUUGUUGUGUUUUUUUUUUAAGUGUAGAAAUAUUGAUACAUGUGUGUCAUGGUAAACUAUUAUUGUAACAUCAACCUAGAUUUGGACUCCAUUUGGUGAUUUGCAUUUGUUCAUUGUGCUUUCACCCUCUGCCUGCGUGUCUCCACGUCACUUGUUCUCUAAAAAUUGACC